AUGACCAGCGUGAACAAUGGCCUGAUAUAUCAACUUGGUAACGACUCGGCCCAUAGUUUCGUACAGCCGAGCUCGUUAUUGAAGAGCGAGUUGAAGACUACAUCAUCGUUUGCGGAUUUGUAUGAUUUGCAAACCCAAUUAGAAACCAAGAAGAAAUUACAAGAAGGCGCCCACAAGUUACUACAAACCACCGAGAAAGACAUAGUAAGUGGGAAGUAUGAUAAACAACCCGAGAAGCGGAAAGUGAAGCGUCUUGAAGCCCAAUUGGAGUUGAAUAAUGUCAAUAGACAAAUCAUGACUUUGGAACGGAAGAUAGAGGCCGUGAAACGACUCCAGGCCCAAGAAACCACCAACAGCUUUUCUUAUAUGAAAGGAGCUGGACAAACCAGGAACGAUGAUACCACAACCCAUUUGAUCCCAAACAACCCCAUACAUAAUAUAACUUUUGCCAGUACACAUAGCUCCACUGCGUCAACUCCGAUGUUGGAUGACCCCCUAGCCAAUCAUCAUGAAGAUGAUAGUGUAAUACAUUACGAUUCUCUAGAAUAUACCGAAGAUGAAAACCUUUCGCAAUUGACUCCGUCACAAGGAACAACCACUUGGUUCCUUAGUGAAUUACUACAAUCAUUAGGUCAAAAAAGCGAGGAAGAGGAAUUUUACAUUGAGAAGUCUAACCAGGUGGUCGAUGUGUUGAAAAAUAAUCCCGAUAUAAUUAAUAAUUUAGUUUUUUCAACUUUGGGUCAUAGAAUCCAGUUCUUAUUAUUGAGCGAUUCAAAAGAAGUCAUUGCUUGUGGUUAUAGAAUUGCCAGAUAUGUCAUUACUGAUAUAAACUCACUACGAUUGAUUAAAUCAUUGAGAGUCCAUCAUUUUUUGAUCUUUUCGCUAUCAAAAUCUUCGAAAUUUAACGUGGAAAGAGAGCAAGCGAUAAAGUUGAUUAGACGGUAUUUUGAUAUUGAAGAUGGGCAUCGAGAAUUGAGCGUUGGAGUGGUUAAAACCUUAGCGAUGAUUGUUGGUUCCGUUGACGAUGAACUCAAAGGGUUAAUUACUGAGACUUUGUGUGAGUUGAUGUUAUUGGACUGUAAAUUGGUAUAUGAAGCCAACGGUGUCAAAUCGAUCAUCAAAAUUAUUAAUGAAGGACCAAUGGAGCUUGCUUGUAUGUGCGGGAUGAUUCUUUCAAAAAUUUUGGAUUCCCCAAAUGCUAGAAAAUACUUGAGGAAUGGGGAAGAAUUGGGACAGAUUGUUUAUUAUUUCGUCAACAAUUUUGACAAUAUUCCUGAUAGAUCGAGCCUGAAUAAUAAUGAUAAGUCGGGAAAACCUAACAAGAUUCACUUGAGUACGGAAAAACUUCAUAACAGUGCGUUCAUAAUAUCGAGUUUUUUGAAGACUUGGGUAGGAUUAUCUGCGUUUGCUGUCAAUGAUUUUGAUAUCCUUAAGACCCUCAUUGCUAGUCUUUCAUACGAUAUCCCGAUCUUGAGGGACGUUUUAAUGGAUAUCUUUUUUGACAUUUUGAAAAUUAGAUCUUUACCUUGGAUGAACAAUUAUUCUACUUCUUCUGCUGCUGCUAUCAAUAGAAGAGCUUCCCAGCUUGCUCCUCCGACAAAUCAGAGCCAGCCCAGUGUUUACGCUUCUGAUUCAAACCAAGUGACGAUUAUUAGCCAUUACACCACAGUUCUCUUGGCAAUUUUGUUGAAGUGUGGGCUUGUUGAGCAAGUCACGUUAAUUUCUCAAAAUAGCACUGACGAAAUCAAUCGUCGUAAAUCGAUGUUCUUAUUGACAGAAAUCUUUAGUUAUUCGGUGAAUUUGUUACCACGGCUGACCUGGGAACCCCAUUUUGAACUGGCUUCUAUGCUUGGUGAAACUGGAGUAUCAUUGUUCACUAAUACUCAGGCGGCGCAAACCGCGGCUUUCCAAUUGGAGAAAAUCACCAGAAAGUUGUAUAAAAAUCGAACCACUUAUAAUAUCCCCCCGGUGAUAUUCAAUCCUUAUUUUGUCUAUUCUGAAAACAUUGCGGCGAUCAUUUCGUCUAAUAUUGAUGAUAUGCAACUUCGAAGAAUGAUUGAUGAUACCAAGGUUUUAAUCACCAAACGAUUUACUGAUUGGGGGUGGGAUACUAUUAUGGAAAUUAUUAAAGGACCGUUCAGGAUCCCCAAGAAGUUUGAAGAGUGUUUGAAGAAUCAAUUCAAGUUUGUCAAGCGAAUGAUGUCAUUUUAUCGACCAUUUAAACGGAAGUUUAUGCUCAUUAAAAAGACCAAAAAUUAUCAGAAAUAUAUCAAUAUUGGGGUGGCGUUAUUUGAAACUUUGCUUUCUCAUAAUGAAGGAACAAGGUAUCUAUCAGAAAACAAACUAUUGCCCCAAAUUGCUGAAUGCUUAGCUCAAGUAGACCCGGUCAGUGGGUUAUACGCCGAAAACCCGAUUUUCAGUAAACAUAACUUGAAGACCACGUUGAGUUCAGGUUAUUUCAAAAUGCUUGGGGUAUUGAGCAAAUCACGCAAUGGGUUGGCAUUACUAAGAAAAUGGAAAAUUUUCAGUAUAUUGCACCAUAUUAUCAAUGAACGGGGGCGAGAGGAUUUGAUUCUCGGUUUUUUAUCGGAAUUCGAUUAUAAUUUGCCGAGUCAGCUAAGAAUUAUCUUUGCGCAUUCUUUGACUUCUUGUGAUAGUUCGAUCAGAAUGUUUAGUACCAAACAUUUAGCGGUGAUUUUGACCCAUGCCACCACCGCGUCGUGUUCCAAAUGGGCCGUGGGAUUAUUAAUCAAUCAACUAUAUGAUCCGGGGAUGGAAAUUUGUAACAUUGCGGUGCAGAUCUUGGAUGCCCAUUGCUUGGACCCCCGAAAUAUCGGCGGGGUGGUGAAAUAUAAACCAUCGUUGGACCACCUUGGAAACAUUGGGGCUCCAUUACUAUUACGAUUUUUGUCAACUCCGUUGGGAUUUAACGAUUUGCUAGAGAUUGAUUUCAUCGAAAAGGAAAUGCAGGAUUGGUACGUUAGGAAAAACGACUUGUACGUGCUAGAAAUUGAGAAUUUGUUGAAUGAAGAAUAUAUGCCAUUCCGUACCAAUGGCCCGUCUUCUUUGGAAACCGGAAAUAUUUUGGGCUCCUCCCCCUCAGGUACGGUUUUUUCUAAUGGUAAUAAUGGCAAUGGACCGGGGCAUAAUCCAUCAUCAUCAAUACUUCCCCCUGGCGACGAUCUUAUGAAUGAUGAUUUGAAUAUUGAUCUACUUUUGAAAUCCAAGCGUAAUAUGAUGCCCCACCAUUUCUACGGAGAAUUGGUGAAGACCCAAGCGGGAUUUGCCUUGCUUCAAUCCACAAACCAUUUCCAAGUGUUUGUCGAUACCAUCAAAGAAUUGGCGACCGAAUCAAUUGAUGAACGCAAGAUGUUGCAUCUUAGAGGGUGUCUUUGGGCAGUUGGUCAUAUUGGGAUGUCGGAAUUAGCGAUCGAUAUGGUGGACGAAUCAAAUAUCAUCCAAGAUAUCAUCCAAAUUUGCAAAACCACUAAAGUUUGGAGCAUCAAGGGUACGGCGUUCUUCGUAUUGGGGCUCCUUAGUAACUUAUCCGAAGGGUUAGAAGUUCUAGAUGAAUUUGGAUGGGACGUGGCUCUCGAUGUCAAUAACAACCCCACCACGUUUUGUGUACCGAAAAACUUGAAAGACUAUUUUAGUAUGCCUCCGGUGGUGUCUGAUGAAAUUGUCGAGGUGGCUAAGAAAUCUAAAGUUGUUGGUUCUGAAAUCUUGGAUGAUAAUCAGGUUAGUACAAAGGAUUUAGAACUUCAAGAUUCGGUGGUUUAUAAAGAUACUGAGGAAGUUCAGCUAUCAAAUAUCGUUGAUUUAAAAAUUAUACAAGCCAUUGCCAAUUUCAGUAUGACCCCAAGUAAUUCAAUCAAGCAAUUAAACAAGUUGGAAACAAAAUAUAAAGAAAGAUUUUCCAAUCCCGAUUUGCUUUUGUCAGUGAUGUUCAUGUUAGAAAACUACAGUUUCAAAUUCUCUGCAAGAACAUUCAUCUUACAAAUGUUUGCCGAUAAAAAAGCUUUAGAGAAUGUCAUCAAAAAGGAUAGAACCAGAAUAAAAAAGUCACAGUUGAACUCGUGA